GAGCCCAUGGCCGGCAGCGACGUGGACAGCGAGGGGCCGACACAGAGGGGCGGCGCGGUGCGGCGUCCGGGGCCCCCCAGCGGGCUGGGAAGCGAGGCGGCCGCCCGCUGCCCGGAGCCGCUGUCCACUGCUGAAGCGUCGGCCGAGGGCACCGCGCUGCCCGCCUGGAUGCGCCUCUACUUCUAUGGGAUGCACGGGAUCACCCUGGACGUGCUGGUGUCCUCGGCGCGGCGCUUCGCUCGCAGCCCGGACCUCCGGAUGUUAGGCUUCUCUUCGCCCUACCGCUGUCUCCUGCACUCGCUCACCCACUUCGCCCUGGAGAAGAUCUACCUGCAGCAGCCGCGCUGCCCCAGCGCCUUCGUCUUCAAUUUUUUCCUUUACCCCUCGGCCCACGUGGGGCUGCAGACCCUGGCCGGCCAGGCGCUACUGCUCAGCCUGGGUGGCGGGCCGGGGGGCGCGGCGGCGCCAGGGGCGCUUGACCUGGCGCUGCAGUACGUGCUGGCGCUCUACCACUGCCAAGUGUUCCUGAAACGCUUCCUGCGCUUGAGAUACCGGCGGCAGCAGCAGCAGCAGCAGCAACAGCAGCGGAGGGGCGCCCUCCCUGCCCCUCCUGGAGCCCGGGCCCCUUCGGGAGCCAGUGGCCGGCGGCGACGACCCCGCGGCCCCAAGGGCGCAGUAGGAACCCCUAACCAGGGGCUACCAGACCUGCUCCGUUUUCUUUUCUUCGGAAUGCAUGGAUUUUUGGAUGAGAUCUUCUUUACCUUCUUCUUUAAUGUGCUAGGACACGGGGAUGGGGCAACCAAUGGUCACACGUCGUUAUGGUCCUUUUUUAUGUAUGGCAGCUGCAGUUUUGUGGUGGAAAAGCUCUACUUCCACCUCCACUACAGCCGAGGCUGGGGCACCUGGAAGCGGGUACCCAUCUACGUGAUCUUCAUCUAUGCUUGGGAAUUGUCCUGGGGUCUGGGACUUCGCACGUGUGGGGCUUGUUCCUGGGACUAUUCUCACUACCCGCUCAAUUUUAUGGGUCUCAUCACCCUGAUGUAUUUACCUGGCUGGAUAUUCCUUAGUGUGUACCAGGACCUGCUUUCCAACGUGUUGUGGCGGGUGCAGUAUGUACCAACUAACUAAGACCCCGGGAAAUAAGAAAAAAAAAAUAAAGAGAAGAGAAAAAGUCAUUGGAGUCCCACA